UUCGUUCGAGUAUCUUUUACACUGAUAAACAUAAAUCCAUGUGAGAAAAACAUACACUGAAAUAAUAACAAAAUGUGCUCAAAAAUGUUUAUAUCUGUGUUCGUGCUCAUGACUAUGGCAGGCGUGCCAAUCUUCGCAGUUGAAGGAGACGAUAUAGUAAAGCCCGUGGAUAAGAACGAGGAUUCUCAACCGGUUAUCGGGGAGGAGAUCAGAAAAUAUAUGUCAAUUAUGGAGAAAAUCAACAUUGACCAAAUGAUGAACAACACUAGAUUGAUGUCGAGUAAUGUCAAAUGUUUUAUGAAUGAAGGACCGUGCAUAACCCAACUUAAAGAAAUAAAAAAAAUGUUACCUAUGUUAGUCAAAGAUAGUUGCUCGUCAUGUACCAAAGAGCAAAAGAACAUGAUGAAAAAAGCAAUUGACUUAAUGAAGUCUCGUCGUCCCAAUGACUACGAACGACUUUCCAAAUUUUUUGACCCAGAAGGAAAAUAUGAGGAGAAAUUCUUAGAAAACUUAAACAAAUCGAAAUAAUUCUGUUUAUUUAUUUAAUUUUUGUUUUUUGAUAAAAUGUGCACAUAAUUAUUUUUCAUAUUUUAUAACACAGUACCCAGCUAAAUAUAAACGUCUGAAACAACACCAAAUAUUGUGAAAUUAUAAUUAUUAUUAUUAUUGUCCUAUAAAGAUUUAGAAUACGAGCAAAGUAGUUAUA